UUUAGCGCCCUUUAGCGGCUACUGAGAGUUUUUUUAAGCGAACACACGAUUAUACUUUACUAACUAAUAUUUUAUUUUCCAUCCCAAAUAUCUGUAUUAUGUCUGAUGUUUCAAAGGAUUGAUUAAUUGAGAUUGUGAGGUUUUGUUCCCAUGUUUUUGAACAUUUUCCCCCAGAUUUUAUUUUCCUUUUAAAGAGUUUUCCUCUUUUCUCUUUCCUUUCUCUUUCCGUUUUUUAAUAACAGAGUCAUGGCAGUGCUGCUGACUGUUGAAUAAAGAGUAGGAGAGCUGUCUAGGAGAAAUUAUUGCAUACAUGUUCGCUUGACUUUAGGGGAGAUAUGUUAUCUUUUCGAGGGGGCUUUUUUAGACUAUUUAUAUUUAUUUAUAUUUAGAUAUUUUUGGACUGUGUUUAGUUUUUUCUUCUUUUAUCCAAAUUUCUAGCAUUAUGGGUAAAUUUGUAUUAUUCUUCAACAUAAGAUAAUUCUCUGAAAUGUCUGCAAUGUUUGAUGUAGGUCAUCAGUUUGUUUCUCUGGAAAGGGGUGGGUUUUCUGAUCUCAUGGUCAGAGUCCAACCAUGGAAGUAUUAAAAAAAAUCGUUAGUUCUUAUUAUAGAUCCAUGAGUCCAACAACGCAUUUUAAUACAGAGGCUCCCUUUGUUAGUAAGCAGCCAAUAAUGGAAGUUCAGUAUCAUCAGUUUUGCCCUGAGUCCACUGAGAACACACCAGAGACUUUACAUAGAGGUAUAAGUAAAAUCGUUGUUUACGCCCUAUAUGCUGUCCUGUUGCUUCUGCUGUUUAUUUUGCUGUUUAUGACUGGAGUUAAAUUUUCUCAAAUAAGCAGCGAUGUUAAUGAAAUAAAAAUAAAGCUUUCAAAAGCAGCCAACAAUGUGCCUUUUACACCCAAUCAUGCUCAUUUUGAAGCUCACAGUGAGACUGAGAGAAUUAUAGAGCAGGUUUAUCUUGAAGAAAUUACUCCAGUUAGAGGAAAUUGUCGAGAAGGAUGGGUGUCUUAUGAUAAAGGCUGUUACUUUCUGUCAGCUACCCCAGAGCCUUGGAGAAAUGCAGAAACACACUGCCAAAGACUUAACGGACAUCUAUUGGUUAUAAAUAAUGUGGAGGAACUGGACUACAUUUCAAAAGUAGUUGCCCUUGGAGAAAACUACUGGAUUGGACUUGUUGAGAGACAUAAAGAGGGACACUGGAGCUGGGUGGAUGGAAGUGACUACAGUUCUAUCCAAACUUUCUGGGAUAAGGGCCAGCCUGAUGAUUGGGAUUACCGUGAAAAUGGGGAAGACUGUGGGCAGCUUCAUUCUUCAGUCAGACGCAAACGUAAACUGUGGAAUGAUGCAGACUGUAGCCUUGCGUACCGCUACAUCUGUGAGAGCACUGUAUAACUUGCAACCCAAAGAUGUAAUAAUGAAGUCAGUUAUGGUUUUGGUAACAGUGACUCUGCAUGUUAAGCUCCAUAUAUAGUCAGGCAAAAUGUAUUUAUUUUACAUUAAGAACUAAAGUAAUUUGGUUUAAAUGUAUUAUUAUUUAAGGACAGUGAUAAGGAUAGACCUCUUCAUUAAGAAUCAAUAAUUAAAUAUAUAAAUGUAGAUAUUCAAGAGCUGUUGUAGUAGUAUAGUAUAUCCACCCUGUUCUUGUGAAAUGUUAUUAUACUCUAAGAGGAAUAAAAACAUUAAGAACA